AUGUCUCUGCCAGGCUUAGAGCUCUCACUGCCCGCCAUUGAAGCUCAGAGAGCUCCCGCAGCGCCAGUGCAACACAGUCUUUCCAAGGGCUCAGAAUGGAGGUUUGAAGUCGCCUUUGGAAAUGCGGUCAGGGUUAAGUUACUGUCCGGCACUGCAGAAUUGUUUGGAACUGAAUUAGCCACCUCGCAAACGUAUACGUUCUCUGGGACCAAAGCUGCUAUAUACACCUGGCAUGGAUGUACCUUAGAAGUAACGGCAGGAGACUCCGUUGCCGUUGGGGGUGUCGGAAGCGCACCUGUCCCCCCAGGAUCCGGCAGUGGAGGCUGUCAAGUGGAAUAUACUGCUGAAGAGACACCGAUGGUCGACUAUGCGAACGUACACUUUGCGCUCGAAACCAUGCGGGACGAGGCCAAGGCGAAUGGGAGAGGUGGUCCUCGUGUGCUAAUACUGGGACCCGAAGAUGCAGGGAAAACGAGUCUAGCAAAGAUAUUAACGGGCUAUGCGACGAAGAUGGGCCGGCAGCCGUUUGUAGUCAACCUUGAUCCGUCAGAGGGCAUGUUGAGUGUUCCUGGUACUAUGACGGCAACAGCUUUCCGGACUCUGAUUGAUGUUGAACAAGGAUGGGGAAGUAGUCCCAUGUCCGGACCAACUCCUAUACCCGUGAAGCUACCGCUGGUAUAUUUUUACGGCUUGCGGAGUCCGCUGGAUGGCGGCGAAGAGCUAUACAAGUCUAUAGUCUCGAGAUUAGCUCUGACUGUUGCAGGUCGGUUGGCUGAGGAUGAAGAGGCCAAGGAGACAGGAAUCAUCAUUGAUACUCCAGGAGAAAUCAGUCAAGGGAGAGGAGGCGGUGAGGAUAUCAUUAAUCAUAUUGUUACGGAAUUUUCUAUCUCAACGAUUCUCGUGCUUGGAUCAGAACGCCUAUAUAGCACAAUGGUGAAGAAUUAUGACGGAAAGCCAACCUCCUCAACCUCUACGACGCCUACUUCUGACGAAAGAAUUUCGGUUGUGAAACUCUCAAAGUCGGGAGGUUGUGUUGACCGUGAUGAAUUGUUCAUGAAAUCUACCCGGGAAUCUCAAAUCCGAUCAUAUUUCUUCGGCACCGUUGCUCCUUCGACCGCAUCAUCAGCCCUCUCCUCAUCCACGGCCCCAGGAUCAGUCAUAUCACUUUCCCCCCAUGGCCAGCAUGUCGACUUCGACAACUUAUCUAUUUAUAACAUCACCAUCAACAACGAUGAAUACGAUGGCGGCAGCAACGAUAAUGGAGAAGACGACGCACCAUCUACAUCCACAGCCGCGUUAACCUCUGGCCCAUCAUCUACUGGCCUCCCUUUCCAACAGAUACCCCUUAAAAAACUUCCUCCCUCUACCGAUUCCCCUGUUCCCCAAGCUCUAGAAAACACACUAUUAGCAAUUACCCAUGCUCCUCCAAACGCCCCUUUGAAUGAAAUCCGAGAUGCCAGUAUUAUGGGGUUCCUAUACGUCGCCGGUGUAGAUUCUAAGAAGGCUAAACUCAGGCUUUUAUCACCAGUGGCAGGGAGAGUACCGUCGAGGGCAAUAAUAUGGGGAAAUAAAUGGCCCGGAGAAGUCCUUGCGUUAAUUGGAUAG